AUUAAUCCAAAGCAAACACUUUGUGAGUGUGUUUUUUAAGCACUUGUCGCAAAUCAAAUAUGUGAAGCAACGGCAACAACAAAAUCAACAAGCGAGCGAGCAAGAGCGAGUGUUUAAGCUAUCAAAAAAAAGAGAUAGAACGAGAGAGAGAGAGAGAGAGAGAGAGUGAGAGAAAUUGUGACAGAGACAGAGACCGUUUAAAGGUAAAUGAAUAUUUGCAUUCAAUUAAAAGUGCUGUCGGCGGCAGCGAUGCCAGCAGCAGCAGCAGCAGCAGCAGCUCCCUCCACCAGUGCCUGCCCCCUGGACAGCAAGGAGCACCAGCAGCAGCAGGAGUAGCGCCUGUUUGGGGGCAAGUACGGAGAGAGAGAGAGCGAGAGAGAGCCGGAGAGAAAGUGAGGGAGUGAGAGAGAGAGAGAGAGAGAGUGGUUGCCAAACAUCCCGAACUGAUAACGCAUAAUUAUUGCAAACCGAACUUGGCGCGUUGAUUAAUUGAAAUGCAAACAAAAUGCAACGUGGCCAAUAAUAAUUAAUAAUAAUUACACUGAAAUUAUCAUACACAUAUUUAUGUGAAUUGCAAAUAAAGUGGCAAACAAACAGCGAGCACAGCAAAUUGUAAAACGUGUGUAAAACGCGACGUGUGUGUGAAGUGUGUGCAGCAGUGUGUUGCGUGGAGUGUGUUGCGUGGAGUGGAGUGUAAAGAAAAACACGAUAAGCCGAUAGCACUUAAAAUACGAAGCAACAUCAUCAGCAGCAGCAAACGAAACGAAACGAAACGAAACCAAAAUGACUAUGAAAUCGAUGAAGUACUCCGAUUGUGAUACCAUUAUGGAUGGCUAUAAUCCGGUGCCGCCUCCAUUGCCGCGGCGAGUGCCGCCUGUGCGUAAUAUUUAUGCCGAGCCCUUUGCCCACGAGCCGAACCAUUCCAGCAGAUUGGGCGGCCACCAACAACAGAUGCCACAAAGUAUGUCAACUGGCAGCAACACAAUCGGCCAUGGCGGCAUCGAUCGCGGCGGCAUCGGUGUCGGUAUGGGCAUGCCCAUGGGCGCCGGCACGAUGCCAAUGCCUGGCGGCGGCCAAGGGGUCGGCCCCCAAGUCUCUGUCGGUCCACCGGGCAGCGGGGGAGUUGGCGUCGGUGGCGGCGGCGGCGGAGUUGCCGGUGGUCCGCAUUGCCAGAUAAGCGGCUCACAGCCAUUGGUUAUGCCUGGAUUCCCGUUGCGUAACUCGCACUCAGCGCAUGCACCACAUUAUUCGCCAUAUUCACCAUCCAGGUUUCACAUAGAUAAACGCUGUCAACACCGAUGUUCCUGGAAAUGCUUGAGCAUCGCCUUAAUAUUCAUAUCCGUCGUCCUAACCGCCAUGUUGGCAUACUUUGCAGUCAGUUCGAUGAAACCGAACAUGGACAGCUCGAAUUGCAUCCUAGUCCAAGACGUCAAAUCCCAGCCGCAUGAUUUGCGCGGCGCUGCCGGCAAAGCUGGCGAUAACAAGUCGCAACUGGGUGGCGCCACUGCUUAUCCCACGGAGGAAUCGAUACAGACCAGCACCUCGGAUCAUGCAGCGGGCGGCGGCGGUGGCGGCGUUGGCGGAACUGGUAGCGGCGGUGUCGUUGUUGGGCCAGGCGGUGCAACUGGGAUACAGCAGCAACUGUUGCUGCAACAGCAGCAGCCGCAUGCAAUCAAUCAGCCGCUGACGCCAUUAGAUGCGACCAACACCCAGCUGCAGGAUCAGCUAAUGUACGGCGGUGCCAAUGGCAACCAACAGUUGAACAGCCUGCAACAGCAUAAUCUACUGUUGCAACAUCAUCCGUCGCUGCAGCAGCAACAGGGCGUGGGUCUGUCGGGUGGCCAGUGGCCGCAGGUCGUCGAACUAAAGGAUUUCAAUGAGCUCUACCAUGCCAAUAUACCGGCCUAUCAGUUCUGGACACUGGAGUUUCGCAACAAGCAUCCGGCAUUUAUUCGCUUCAAUUUUACGCUACCGUGGGGUGCUCACUUUGCCGUCUAUUCGCGCCGCAAUGUGGCGCCCUCUGUGACGCAACAUGAUUUCGUAGAGUUCAUCAAGGGUGGCCGGAUCGACAGUCAUUUGCGGCAUCGUCGCAGCCCCAGCAAUCAGACACACGUUAGCACCGAUUUGGCUUUGAUCGAGGCAUACGAUCAACAGUUGCAGCUCCGACAACAGCAGCAACAGCAGCAACUGCAACAGUUGCAACUGCGUCAGCGUCGUGCCACCAGCUACGAGGAGGAUCCAACUGAGGCUGAGGAGCGCCAGGAUGAGGACGACAAAAACAGUAGCAACAGCAGCAGCGAUGAAUCGCCAGCUAAUUUGGACUCUGUGGAAUACUUUGAUAUCGAUACCCCAAUGGACUUUGCCAAGCAACAACACAUCCAGCAACAGCAAAUGAAGCAACAGCAGCAACAGCAACGCGGAGGCAGUGUUGCCCACUCGCUGCAUAAACGCUCCUCGGGUGAUGGUGGUGCCAAUAAUGGUGGUUUGCCGGCUCUCGAUAUGGAUGCAAUGACGGUGAAUGUGUCACUCUUGCAAUAUCUGGACACUGGCCUGUGGUUCAUAUCAAUUUACAAUGAUGAACUGGUUGCCCAUUCAGUAUCGUUGCUGGCCGAGGAGGCGGAGGGUGUUAGCACAACUUGCCCAAACGAUUGCUCGGGACGUGGCAGCUGUUAUCUCGGCAAAUGUGACUGCAUCGAUGGUUACCAAGGCGUUGAUUGUUCCAAGAGCGUUUGUCCCGUGCUGUGCUCGGCCCAUGGCCACUAUGGAGGAGGGGUCUGCCACUGUGAGGACGGUUGGAAGGGUGCCGAAUGCGAUAUACCCGUCGGUGAAUGCGAGGUGCCAAAUUGCUCCAGCCACGGACGCUGCAUCGAGGGCGAGUGCCACUGUGAGAGAGGCUGGAAAGGACCCUACUGCGAUCAACAUGAUUGCCUUGAUCCAUUGUGCUCGGGCCAUGGCACCUGUGUGGCCGGUCAGUGCUACUGCAAGGCCGGGUGGCAGGGCGAGGAUUGUGGCACGAUUGAUCAGCAGGUGUAUCAGUGCCUCCCCGGCUGCUCCGAGCAUGGCACCUACGACCUCGAGACGGGACAAUGCGUCUGCGAGCGACACUGGACGGGACCGGAUUGUUCCCAAGCCGUUUGCAGUCUGGACUGUGGCCGCAAUGGGGUCUGUGAGUCGGGCAAGUGCCGCUGCAACAUGGGCUGGACGGGCAACCUGUGCGAUCAGCUGCCCUGCGACAAUCGCUGUUCGGAGCAUGGCCAAUGCAAGAAUGGAACCUGCGUCUGCUCCCAGGGCUGGAAUGGGCGACACUGCACCCUGCCUGGUUGCGAAAACGGCUGCUCUCGUCAUGGUCAGUGCACACUGGAGAAUGGGGAAUAUCGCUGCGAUUGCAUUGAUGGUUGGGCUGGCAGCGAUUGCUCAAUUGCACUCGAGAUGAACUGCAAGGAUAACAUUGACAACGAUGGUGAUGGCAUGACAGACUGUUCGGAUAGCGAGUGCUGUUCGCAUCCGGCCUGCUCGGAGCAUAUUAUGUGCCUGUCUUCCAACGAUCCAGUUGAGGUGCUGCUUCGCAAGCAGCCUCCAUCGGUGACGGCAUCCUUUUACCAGCGUGUUAAGUUCUUGAUUGAAGAGAACUCGGUGCAGUCGUAUGCCCACAUGGACGAGUACAGCGAGAAUCUCUUCUGGAGCUCGUUCACGCCUUGUCGCGUUUCGGUUAUGCGAGGUCAGGUGAUAACGCCCCAAGGCCUGGGAAUUGUCGGAAUACGCGUCUCCGUCGAUCGCGACUCACGAUUUGGAUUCACCCUGACACGUCAGGGCGGCUGGUUCGAUGUGCUGGUUAAUGGCGGCGGUGCUGUUACCCUGCAGUUCCAACGCUCACCGUUCCGUCCACUUACCCGCACCGUGUUUGUGCCCUGGAAUCGAAUUGUGGUCCUGCCUCCGGUUCAGAUGCAACUAAGCGACGAUGAUGAAACCACCAGUCGCAAUAUCAAGGUGGCACCAUUGAAUCCCGCACUGACGUUCCUCAAUUCGAUACACUAUCACACGGCCGAUGAGGCGAACGAUGCCAGUAAGGUGUGCAUGGAUCACGAUCACGAGAAGCUCAAGCCCCAGUUGAUAAGCACCUGGAUGCCCAACGGGGUUGGGGCGAUGCCCGGCAAGCGUGUCAUCUUUGCCGAAACACAGAUUGUUCAGGAAUCGAUUCAAAUACCCGGCUCGGAUCUGCAUCUCACCUAUCAAUCGUCGCAGGCCUCGGGCUAUUUGAGCAUUGUGCGUAUGCGUUUGACCUCCGAGGUGCUGCCGAAGACCUUAACCCAUGUUCAUGUGGGUGUUGAGAUCGAGGGCGCACUGCACGUGAAGACCUAUGAGGCCGAUCCGAAUUUGAUACACACAUUCGCGUGGAACAAGCGCAAUGUGUACAGACAGAAGGUGUAUGGGGUGACCAUCGCACGCAUCUCGGUGGGUUACCAGCACACCACGUGCCAGUCACCCGUGUGGAUAACGCAGACAGCAAAGCUGCAGGGCUACGAUGUGGAUAUCUCGGACAUUGGCGGCUGGGGCUUGGACAUUCAUCACCAUUAUAAUUUCCACGAGGGCAUUCUGCAGAAGGGCGACGGCUCCACAUUGCACAUGAAGGAAUAUCCACGCACCGUCAAAGUGGUGAUGGGUACGGGUCUGCAGCGACCGCUUAAUUGUCCGGAUAACUGCAAUGGCGUUGCCAAGGAUGCUAAACUCUUAACGCCGAUUGCAUUGGCAACGGGACCAGACGGUAGCCUCUAUGUGGGCGACUUUAAUCUGGUGCGUCGCAUCACACCCGAUGGCAAGGUGUUCACCAUUCUGCAACUGAGCGCCACACAGGUCUCCUAUCAAUAUUAUUUGGCCGUAUCGCCAGCGGAUGGACAUUUGUAUAUCUCGGAUCCGGAACGGCAUCAAAUACUGCGCCUCUUGCGUCUGGAGAAGGUCAAGGAUCCGAGCAUCAAUAGCGAACCCGUCGUCGGCAGUGGCCAGCGUUGCAUACCCGGCGAUGAAGGCAACUGUGGCGAUAGCGGGCCAGCUUUGCAGGCACGUCUCUCACAUCCGAAGGGUCUGGCCAUCGCUGCGGACAGAACUAUGUAUAUUGCGGAUGGCACCAAUAUACGAGCCGUGGAUCCCAAGGGUGUCAUCCACACGCUGAUCGGCCAUCAUGGCCAUCAUAAUCACUGGAGUCCGGCGCCCUGCUCGGGCACCCUGAUGGCCAAUCAGGCCCAGCUGCAGUGGCCCACCGGUCUCGCAUUGAGUCCCCUUGACGGAUCACUGCACUUCAUCGAUGAUCGACUUGUCCUACGCUUGACCUCCGACAUGAAGAUACGCGUCGUCGCCGGAACACCGCUGCACUGCAGCAACAACGGCCAGGCGAGUCGUGUGAACAAGACUGCCACCGAUAAUGUGCUCGGCACCGUUUUGGCCAUGGCAUUCUCACCAUUUGGUGAUCUCUACAUUGCCGACAGCGAUUCGAGGCGCAUCAAUUCGAUUCGUGUUGUCGACACCGCUGGCAACAUGCGUUACUUUGCUGGCAAACAGGAGGGCAUCGGCACGCAGAGCUGCGAGUGUGCAAUUGGAAAUGGUGGCAACGGCACUAGUUUGGGCGGUGCGGGCAGUGGUGGCGCUUACUCAACGACCGUGAAUCCGACACGCAAUAAUGGCGGCACCACGCCAACGACACCAGCUGGCGGAAACGGAAAUAAUGGCAGCUCUGCAGCGGGCAACAGCAACAACAACAGCAACGGCAGUGGGGGUGGUGGUGUGCUCAGCGCUAGUGGUGCCUGCAUUUGUGCCGGCGGCAGCUCCUCCAACGGCAUCUCCGGCAGCAACUCGGGCACACUUGCCGGCAUUGUCGCCGGCGGCAGCUUAAUGUCCACCGGACCCACAACCACAACAACUGUGCUGCUGGGCGCCAAGACAACAGCCAACGGCGCCGGUUCAAUUCUCAACUCGGGAGCGACUCUCAACGACGACGGCACCCUGAGCAAUGCCGAAACUCUGCUCUCCUCAAACGCCCGCUUCCAGGCCAUCUCGGCAAUAGCCGUUGCUCAGGAUGGUGUCAUCAAUGUGGCCGAUCAAGGGUCACUGCAUGUUCUGGCGCUGGAGCACUAUUUGCCGUCGCAUGAUGAGAAUGGCGAAUUCCAUAUACCUUUUCCGCCGUCCAGUGAGAUCUAUGUGUUCAAUCGUUAUGGCCAGCAUGUGGCCACCAAGGAUCUGACAUCGGGUAAAACACGUUACAGUUUCCUCUACUCGAAGAACACCAGUUUCGGCCGACUGUCAACGGUGACAGAUGCGUCCGGCAAUAAGAUACAGUUCUUGCGCGAUUAUAGCAAUGUGGUUAGCUCCAUUGAGAAUACACAGGAUCACAAGUCGGAGAUACAGAUCAAUGGCAUCGGCAUCAUGACCAAACUGAGUGAGAAGGGACGCCAGGAGAUCGAGCUCGAUUACGAUAGCAAUACGGGUCUGUUGAACUCCCGUUCGUCGGGUGGCGAGACGUAUAUCUAUCAGUAUGACGAAUUUGGACGUGUCACCGGCAUGAUAUUGCCCAGUGGCGAGAUUGUACGGAUCACAUCCCAACUGGCGGACAACAAGGGACUCACAGUAUACGUGCACGCCUCGGUCGAGUCACUGUUCUCCCGGGAACGCUACACCGGCUCCGAUGGCAAUGCCAAUGAGCUGCUCGUUUUGGGCGGCGUUCGCUCCACAUUCCUGAAGCGGGGUCGAGCACACGCCGAUGCCGAACUGAAGGCAAAUAAUACGCUGGUGAUUCACGGUGCCAAUGGGGUUGUUGUCGAGGCAUCCGCUGUCGCCCGUCAUCCCCUGCUGGAGGCCGCCCUACCCGUCGAGGCCGAGAUGCUCGCGAUGUGGUCGCAUCAGAGCGUCACAAUGGGCGACGGCCUAACCAAUUCGAUGUACUCGGUGUACAAUCUGGUGGGCGAUGUCCGGAAUCCACAGCAGACGCUGAAUCGCGAGAUUUGGGUUAACCAUUCGCGGGUGAUUGGCGUGGAGUUCGAUCAGUUCACCAAUCGUGAGACCUUCUAUGAUGCACAGCGUACCCCAAUCUUGAUUGUUGCCUACGAUCAGAGUGGCCUACCCAAAUCGUAUUAUCCGGCAAAUGGUUAUCCCGUCAACAUCACCUACGAUCGCUUCAAUCGCGUCGAAGGCUGGGCCUGGGGUCCCGCUGAGCUCAAGUACAGCUAUGAUCGCCAUGGCCUGCUCUCGGAGAUCACCUCCCAGCAGGAUGGCAUCAUUUCGUUUGUGUACAACGACUGGAAUCUCGUCUCCGAGAUCGGUUUGGCCAGCCAGCGCAAGUUUGUGCUGCAGUACGAUGAUGCUGGUGGCCUGCGGCACGUGGUAUUGCCAUCGGGCACUCGACACAGCUUCAGCAUGCAGACAUCGAUUGGGUUCAUACGUUGCACCUACACGCCACCGGGUAGCACACGCGCCUAUCUGCAGCACUACAGUCAUGCUGGUGCUCUGCUGCAGACCAUCCUGCCGGGAGAUGGGGCUCGGAUCGUUUAUCGCUACAAUGCCGCCGGUCAGCUGACGGAGGUGGUGCACGGCGAUGGUCGCAGCGAGUUCCAGUAUAAUGAUGCAACCGGUAUGCCCAGCACCGUAUCGCAUGCGGAACGCGAACUGGAAUACCGCUGGGACUUUGAGUAUGCAGCCGGCUUGCUCACCGAAGAACGCAUUGAUUAUGUGGCCAAGACCGGUCUGAGUAAUGCCAAAUUUAGCUACGAGUACGACAACCAGCUGCGUGUGAUUGCCCUGCAGGGUCGCAUCGGUGGCCAGAAUCUGCCCAGCCAGGCGUACGCCUACGAUAGACGCACCGGCCAGCCCAGUUUGAUCGGUCAGUUCAAGUUCACGCGACCGGCCCUCAAUCAGACCCAACUGCACGACGGUACCGCUGGCUUCACACGCACCGUCGACGGUCGGUUCCAGACUCAGCGCAUGGCGCUUGCCAUCCAUCGGCUGGAGGUCUUUCGCAUGGAGUUCUCGUACGGGGUCCACGGUCGAAUCUCACAGACACGCACCUAUACGCGCAACAUGGCCGUCAAUAGCUAUACGAAUGUAAAGAACUACACGUGGGACUGCGAUGGUCAGCUGGUCGGUGUCGAGGCCCAGGAGCCGUGGGGCUUCCGUUACGAUGACAAUGGCAAUCUGUUGUCGUUGACAUAUCGCGGCAACACCAUUCCGAUGGAGUACAAUGCCCAGGAUCGGAUUGUCAAGUUCGGUGAGGGCCAGUACAAGUACGAUGCUCGCGGUUUGGUUGCGCAGAAUGCGCGAGAGGAGCGUUUCCACUACAAUACCCAGGGUCUGUUGGUGCGCGCCUCAAAACGUGGUCGAUUCGAUGUGAAAUACUACUAUGAUCAUUUAAAGCGUCUAACGACACGCAAGGAUAACUUUGGCAAUGUGACACAGUUCUUCUACACAAACCAGCAGCGACCCUACGAGGUAUCUCAGAUCUACUCGCCACGCGACGGCAAACUGAUGUCGUUGACAUACGACGAUGUCGGCCACUUGAUCUAUGCCCAGGUGUACAGGCACAAAUAUUAUGUGGCCACAGACCAGAGUGGCACGCCCCUAAUGCUGUUCAAUCAGUAUGGCGAGGGCAUUAGGGAGAUAAUGCGCUCACCGUUUGGACAUAUCGUAUACGAUUCGAAUCCAUAUCUGUAUUUACCCAUCGAUUUCUGUGGCGGCAUUUUGGAUCAGGUGACAACGCUCGUCCAUAUGGGCGAUGGGCGUGUCUAUGAUCCACUGAUUGGCCAAUGGAUGUCACCCGAUUGGCAACGGGUCGCUGAACGGAUUAUAACACCCACCCGCUUGCAUUUGUAUCGCUUCAAUGGCAAUGAUCCGAUCAAUGUCGGACAGGAGCGUCAUUAUCCCGCCGAUUUUGCUAGCUGGAUGCGCACACUCGGCUACAAUGUGGGCAAUCUAAUGCCCCAGCUGGCCAAGGAUCUGUGGCAACCACCGGCACUCUGGGGUCGUCCACCCACAAAUCCAAUUGCAUUGAAUAUGCGACGACCCUUCGAUAAUAUACCCACAAUGGCGGUGGAGAGUGGCUUCCUUGCCCAUCUCAAUGUGCGCAGGAUGUCCGAUUUUGAGCAGCUAUCGGCUCCGCCGCGUUCAGCGCUCAAGUGUGAUGUGAUGGAUCCAUCGCCACGUUCGAUUGGCUCCGAUACGGAACCACCGUUUGGCAAGGGCAUUGUCGUAUCGCGGACCGCUGACGGUCAGGCAAUUGUUUCCAGUGUGCCGGCAGCGAAUGCCAUCUAUCGGGAUGUCUAUACAAGCGUAUUUAAUCGCUCCAAGCUGCUGCCCUUCACGUUUGUGGUGCACAAUGCCCAGCAGGACUCGUUCUUCUUUGUCAAAGAGGAUGCGUGGCGUGCCAGCGAGGAUCGACAGCAGUUGAAGCGACUCCAGGGCCAGGUGAACACCACCUUCCAUGAGAUCACACGCGAGACCACACCAGGUGCGGGUGCUGCUGGUGCUGGAGGUGGUAGUGGUGGUGGUGGUGGCAGCAGUAGUGCUGCUGCCAAUAGUGGUGCAGCUGGCUCCAAUGGCAAUGGCAAUUAUCUGGAUGUGAAAAUACAUGGUGCGCAUGCGAUCAUCAAUCUGCGAUACGGCACCACCGUUGCGAAGGAGCAACAGCGUCUGAUGCACCACGCCAAGCUGACGGCGGUGCGCAAGGCCUGGCACCGGGAGAAGGAGGCGCUGCGCAGUGGAUUGACCACCGUUCUGGAGUGGACGCAGCAGGAGAGCGAUGAGAUCCUCAAGCAGAGCUACGCCAACAACUAUGAGGGUGAGUACAUACACGAUGUCGGCCUCUAUCCGGAGCUGGCCGAGGAUCCCUACAACAUCAAGUUCGUGAAGAAGAAGGGCGCCACCGGCGGUGCGGCGGGUGUGUUGCCCAAUGCCCAGCGAAGGCGACGGCGCAGUCUCAGCUGGUCAUCGGAUGAGCACGAUGAUACGGCGGAAUCGGAACCGGGACCGGUCGCCUGUUAGCUUCUCGUCGUAGUAGUCGUAGUAUCCAAAAAUUAAACAAAACAAAACAAAACAAAACAUGCAACAAAAGUCCCCACUAAAUAUAAUUAAAUAUUUAUAAUUAUCAUAAUUACGAGUAUUAUAGCCACAAAAAUAGAAAAAGAUGCAGACAGAGAAAGAUGGAGAGAGAGAGAGAAAGAGAGAGAGAGCAGUAUAGAGAAAGAGAGAGAGAGAGAGAGAGAGAGAGAUGGAGAUAGAGCAGAGGAUUGGAUAGAAGGAAAGGAAGGCGCAACUGUACUAAAUACUAAAUGAAUAAGCCUACAACAAAAAAAAAACAAGAAUAAGAACAAAAUAUGUUACUCAAUUUAUUUAUAAGCUAUAAACAAUUUUUUUUUAUUAAUCGUUAGACAUUAGAAAUGCGACAAGCGAAUGCAUAAAAAAUUAAAGAUAAAUCCGAUAAAACA